CGCCAAAGAAUCGCCAAGCACUUUGCGCAUCGCCAGGCUGAUCACCUGUAAGAACCGUCGUGUGCGCCAUCCAUCCCCUGUUGACGCCCGGUGGGUCUGCCACGCUCCGGACUGGCCUUGCCCGUGAGGCAUUGACUCGGUCCACUCAAUCAUGACCAACCCUUCACUCGACAAGGAGCAAGGAGGAAGCACGCCGGAGCAACCUCUGCAGCCCACGCAUUCCCAGUCGUCUCAUGAUGCAUCCGCUGCUGAGGAGAGGGAGAAGUCCGAGGUGAAGGAGCAGCUCCGCACCGACCAUGGCGACGCCGACGUCGAGGAGAGGGCAGUGGAAGGGGGCGAGGAUGCCGAGAAAAGAAACGACCUGGACCGCAUGAGAACCACGGCUACCGCGACCAGCGUGACCAGCACCACGCCGACGGGCAGGCUUCCCCAACAGAAGCCUUGGUACAAGCAGCCGAAUCCGCUGCGAUGGGGCAAGAUCCCGCCCGUGCCCAAGGAGAGGACCGUGUGUCCGGAAUACACGGCCGGCUUCUUCAGCUCGCUGGUCUUCCAGUGGAUGGCCCCGCUGAUGAGCCGCGGGUACAAGCGCACGCUCGAGUUGAACGACAUCUACAGCGUCAACCCGAACCGCGCCGUCGACCCCCUGACCGAGAAGCUGCGCGCGUCCUUCAAGCGCCGCGUCGCCGCCGGCGGGAAGCACCCGCUCCUCUUCGCCAUCAACGAGACCUUCUUCCGCGAGUUCUGGCUCGGCGGCUUCUGCAGUUUGAUGUCCGUCAUCAUGCAGGUCAUGUCUCCCUUCACCUUGCGCUACCUGAUCCAGUUCGCAACCGACGCCUACAUCGCGAGUGUCUCCGGCCUUCCGCCGCCCCCUAUCGGGCACGGCAUCGGUCUGGUGCUCGGCGUGACGGCCAUGCAAGUGCUGCAAAGCUUGGCCACCAACCACUUCAUCUACCGCGGCAUGCUCGUGGGCGGAAUGGCGAGGGCUUCUCUCAUCAGUCUGAUCUACGAGAAGUCGAUGGUCAUUUCUGGUCGUGCCAGAGCCGGAGGUGCCGAGCUCCCCGACGUCCCGGCCGCUAAGGUGGCCGAGAAGCAUGCCAAGGACAAGAAGGGACCCCCCGGAAACCAAGCCGGUGUCGCAGGAGACGGCGUCGGCUGGGGCAACGGAAGAAUCGUCAACCUGAUGAGCGUCGAUACAUACCGCAUCGACCAAGCAUUUGGUCUGUUUCACAUCAUCUGGACCGCGCCCAUCUCCCUCCUCAUCACCCUGGCCUUGCUUCUGGUCAACCUGACUUACAGCGCCCUCGCCGGCUUCGGCCUCCUGGUGAUCGGCGUGCCCGUCCUCGCCAAGGCCGUCAAGGGCUUGUUUGCUCGCAGAAAAGCCAUCAACAAGAUCACGGACCAGAGAGUAAGUCUCACGCAGGAGAUCUUGCAAUCUGUCCGCUUCGUCAAGUUUUUCGGCUGGGAGAACUCCUUCCUGGACCGCCUCCAGGAGUUUCGGAACCGUGAGAUCUCCGCCAUCCAGGUUGUGCUGUCCAUGCGCAAUGCUAUCAUGGCCAUCAGCCUGUCAUUGCCCAUUUUUGCCUCCAUGCUCUCCUUCAUCACCUACUCCCUGUCCCACCACAACCUCGCACCCGCCCAGGUGUUCUCGUCGCUGGCCCUCUUCAACGGCCUGAGAAUGCCCUUGAACUUGCUGCCCCUGGUCAUCGGCCAGGUCACGGAUGCGUGGUCGUCACUUGCGCGUAUCCAAGAGUUCCUGCUGGCCGAGGAGCGCGAGGAAGAGGCCGUCUACAAGCCUGACGCCCCCAACGCCGUCGAACUGCGCGACGCCUCCUUCACUUGGGAGAGGACGCCCACGCAGGAGGCCGAAGGGACAGUUGGCGGGUCGCCGAAAGGCAAGGGAGAGAACGCGCGGAAAGCAAAGGCGGAGAAGAGCGAACCUCCAGCAGCUGACUCUAGCGAAGAAGCCAGCACGCUCGUCGAAGAGCGUGAGCCGUUCAAGCUUCAGAACCUGAACUUGGAAAUUGGCAGAAAUGAGCUCAUUGCCGUCAUCGGCACCGUUGGGAGCGGCAAGACGUCCCUGCUUGCCGCCCUGGCAGGAGAUAUGCGGAAGACGAGUGGCGAACUCAUCUUGGGCGCCUCCAGGGCCUUCUGUCCCCAGUACGCCUGGAUCCAGAACGCAACGGUGCGGCAGAACAUUCUGUUUGGGAAAGAAAUGGACAAGGAAUGGUAUGCCGAAGUUAUCAAGGCAUGUGCCUUGCAGCCCGACCUGGACAUGCUGCCCAACAACGACAUGACGGAAAUCGGAGAAAGGGGUAUCACCAUCUCGGGCGGCCAGAAACAGAGACUGAACAUUGCCCGCGCCAUCUACUUUGACGCCGACAUUGUCCUGUUGGACGACCCCCUGAGCGCCGUCGACGCCCACGUCGGCCGUCACAUCUUUGACAACGCCAUUCUCGGCCUGCUCAAGGACAAGUGCCGGAUAUUGGCCACGCACCAGCUCUGGGUGUUGAAUCGCUGCGAUCGGAUCGUUUGGAUGGAAGGCGGCAAGAUCCAGGCCGUCGACACGUUUGACAACCUCAUGAAGAACUCGGAGGGCUUCCGGCAGCUGAUGGAGACGACCGCCGUCGAAAAGAAGAAGGAAGAGGAGGGGCCAACGCCGCAGCUGGCAGGCGAUGACGGCAAGUCCAAGAAGAAAAAGAAUGGCAAAGGCGGCCUGAUGCAGUCCGAGGAGAGGGCCGUGUCCAGCGUUCCGUGGUCCGUGUACAGCUCGUACAUCCGAGCAUCCGGCUCGAUUCUCAACGCGCCCAUCGUUCUCGGACUCUUGAUCCUGUCGCAAGGGGCGAACAUCAUGACCAGCCUGUGGUUGUCGUGGUGGACCUCGGACAAAUUUGGCUUCAAUAUGGGGACAUACAUCGGUGUCUAUGCUGGGCUCGGCGCCGGCCAAGCGCUGAUGAUGUUUUCCUUCAUGGUAUCGCUCUCCAUCUUCGGGACUGCCGCGAGCAAGGGGAUGCUGCGGCAGGCCAUCACCAGGGUCCUGCGCGCUCCCAUGUCCUUCUUCGACACCACGCCUCUCGGCCGCAUUACGAACCGUUUCAGCCGCGACGUCGACGUCAUGGAUAACACCCUCACGGACGCGAUGCGGAUGUACUUCUUCAGCGUUGGCAGCAUCAUCGCCGUCUUUGCCCUCAUCAUCGCCUUCUUCUACUACUUCGCCAUCGCGCUGGUGCCCUUGUUCAUCAUCUUCGUCCUUGCCACAAGCUACUACCGCGCUUCGGCCCGCGAAGUCAAGCGUAUCGAGUCGAUCCUGCGAUCCACCCUCUUUGCCAAGUUUUCCGAAGGCCUGACGGGCAUUGCCACCAUAAGGGCUUACGGGCUGACGGAUCGAUUCAUCGGCGACAUCCGCAAGGCGAUCGACGACAUGGAUUCCGCCUACUUCCUCACCUACUCUAACCAACGGUGGCUGUCGGUCCGGCUCGACAUGAUUGGCAACUGCCUUGUUUUUACGACCGGCAUCCUGGUGGUGACGUCGCGCUUCUCUGUCAAUCCGUCCAUCGGCGGCCUGGUCUUGUCGUACAUCCUCGCCAUCGUCCAGAUGAUCCAGUUUACCGUGCGCCAGCUGGCCGAGGUCGAGAACGGAAUGAACUCGGUGGAGCGGCUGCUCUACUAUGGAACUCAGCUUGAGGAGGAGGCCCCGCUCAAGACGAUCGAGGUCCGCAAGACGUGGCCGGAGAAGGGCGAGAUUAUCUUCGACAAUGUCGAGAUGCGGUACAGAGAGGGCCUUCCGCUCGUGCUGCAGGGCCUCAACAUGCAUAUCCGCGGCGGCGAGCGCAUUGGCAUCGUCGGCCGCACCGGCGCCGGCAAGAGCUCCAUCAUGUCGACGCUGUUCCGGCUUGUCGAGCUCUCCGGGGGCCACAUCACCAUCGACGGAAUUGACAUCUCGACCAUCGGGCUGCAGGACCUGCGCUCCCGCCUGGCCAUCAUCCCGCAGGACCCCACCCUCUUCCGCGGCACGGUGCGGAGCAACCUCGACCCGUUCGGCGAACACACCGACCUCGAGCUGUGGUCCGCCCUUCGACAAGCAGACCUCGUCCCCGCCGACGCCGGGCCGAACCCGGCGUCCGGCGGCGACGCGUCCAACGACAACAACGGCAACCCCGGCGGCGCCGGCCGCAUCCACCUCGACUCCGUCGUCGAGGAGGACGGGCUCAACUUCUCGCUGGGCCAGCGGCAGCUGAUGGCGCUCGCGCGCGCGCUCGUGCGCGGGUCGCAGAUCAUCGUGUGCGACGAGGCGACGUCGAGCGUCGACAUGGAGACGGACGACAAGAUCCAGGCGACCAUCGCGUCCGGGUUCCGCGGCAAGACGCUGCUGUGCAUCGCGCACCGCCUGCGCACCAUCAUCGGCUACGACCGCAUCUGCGUCAUGGACAAGGGCCGCAUCGCCGAGAUGGGCCCCCCGCUCGAGCUGUGGCGCAUGGAGGGCGGCAUCUUCCGCGGCAUGUGUGACCGCAGCGGCAUCAGGAUGGAGGACAUCCGCGGCGCGAGGGAGGAGUUGGAGGCGCUGGGUGGUGGUGGUGGUGGUGGUAGUGGUGGCGAGACCGUGGCGGAGAAAGAGUUGGAGAAGAAGCUGGAUGAAUGAGAGAAAAGGGGGGUGUGAGGACACUGAGCGAUGGGAGGUCGACGAGCCAACGGAGGGUGUGGUCGUCGUCGGCUACAUAUUUGGAAAAGAUUAUAUUGGAUAAAAACAGCGAUAGAGCACUACUUAUAGUCAUUCCCCAGGAGAACA